AUGAUUACCCUGUUUGCUACAGUCUGCCUUUACAUACAAAUCCCUCAUUUGGAAUCUUGGUCUCAAACCUACUCUGAACUUCAACAUGCACAAAACCCCGACCCUUCGUUUCGUCCAAGUCGACUUAAUCAGGGUCUCGUCGCUCGCGUAGUUGUAGUGCAGAGUCCGUUAAAUCAUGCUGCCAUUUUGCUCGUUGUGGUGUGGUUGAUUACGACAUUCGAAAUCAGGGGUAAAUUUUUAGCUCCAAUACUGCCCACUCAACUCGACGCCUUCCGCCCGUUGCUGGUGACCAGACAAUGUUUGCAUGACCAUCUUUCCGAUAUGGUGCGCAUGAAAACAGUCGAUACCGAAAGCUUCUUCCGAUGUCCAUUUUGCCGGACUGAACGUAAAGGUCAAGUGUCUUGUCGAAUGCACCUCAAGCGCAUUUGCUACCGUUUCGCUCCAUACGGUACAUGGCUAGAUGCCUACAAAGAUCUUUUGAAUGUGAGUGAGCCCGAGCGCAGUAUCUUAGCCAAGAAGGCUCAGCAAGACACGACGGCCGCGCACGAUUUGCGACGACAGAUAGACAAUCACGCCUCACAAGCACCUGAUCCUACAGAAGCAGCAGAGUCCAGCGCAAUUCAUGCUGCAGACCAGAAGCGAAGAUUGUCAAUGUCAUCACGUAUCACGCGCUCAAUGCAUCGAGACUUGCCGGGCUGCGUCUUUUGCUUCGGACACUUCGAAACGCUCGAGCAAUAUCGAGAGCAUCUAUGCCUUGCCGAAUCGGGUCACUACCGCGACAAGUCAUGGUGCCUACAGUUUGUCUCUACGUAUGAGAAUCAAGAUGUGGCGGUCAGAGAGCUAAAGUUGGCUUAUCAAUGCUUGGAUAAGUAUCCGCAGAAGAAGCCUGCAUGCAAAGUCAAGGCUGUUGAAGCAUGCAGGGACGGGGACGGAGACACGGAGGACAUGGAAGCGACAAAAAUGGAGGCAGGAACUGGCGAGUGCAGCCUAGCACGGAACAACCGGCCCACCGCCGUCUUUGUCCCUUUGAGACUUCAGGCAACGUCCACAGUACUUUCGGGUGCAAGCUCGCUGAUCAGCAAGAAGAGUAACAGCGCAGUCGGCGAGGACUCGGCAUCCAUCAAGAAGAGUGCUCGAGUCGAGAGCCUUCUAUAG